ACAUUUCUGUCCUCAUCAAAAUUACUAUUUUUAGAAAGUGUACAUAUUUACUGCACGAUGAAAGGGAAAAUUGUUGAAUCCAUUUCUGUUAAUGACAAUAAUCUAGAGGGAAAUUUAAUACCUGUUCUUCUUGCCUACAUGAUGUGAAAAUAGUCUGAUUUGAAAUGGUGACAACUGUUACUGUACACUACGUGUCGUAAUAUGGCAAAUGCAAAUAUUAUAACUCGAUGAAAUUUAAAAGAAACUUAUUGUUUGUUUUAGUUGAAACUUUCCAGUCGAACCAACAGUGACAGUUUGAAGCCAUUUGAUUGUUUACUAAGGCUGUUCUGACGUUGGAAGAAGAAUAUAUAUAUUUUUUUAAUGCUUUCUAAAGGGUAAACUUUAAGGUGAAGGACCAUAGUAUAGGCAUAAAUUAUAUAUAUAUAGUUAGAAGAUUGUUGAUACUUGUUGGCCAGAAAAGAGUCUGAAACAUAACAUAUAAAGGAUGUGAUUUUCCAUGUCAUUUUUGUCAAAACAUUUAAAUUAGGUUAGACAAGGUGAUCAGUUUGUUAAGUCAACCUGUAGGUAUUUGAAGACCAGACAAAAGACUGACACACUCCAGCUAUACACUAAUAAUUAAUCAUGGAUAGAUAUAUGCGAGUAAAGAAAAUUGGAGAGGGAGCUUUUGGCAAAGCUAUUUUGGUAAAGAGUAAAGAAAAUGGGAAGCAGUGUGUUAUUAAAGAAAUCAGCCUGGGACGAAUGGGACCCAAAGAAAGAGAAGAUUCCAGAAAAGAGGUAGCAGUUUUAGCCCAGUUAAAUCAUCCUAAUAUUGUUACCUAUCUGGAGUCAUUUGAAGAGAAAGGAACACUUUAUAUAUGUAUGGACUACUGCGCUGGAGGAGAUUUGUAUUCUAAAAUAAAUCAACAGAGAGGGGCAUUGAUGACUGAAGAACAGAUAUGGUCAUACUUUGCCCAGAUAUGUUUAGCUAUAAAACAUAUACAUGACAGGAAAAUAUUACACAGAGAUAUCAAAUCACAGAAUAUAUUUCUUACUGGUGAAGGUAGAGUGAAGAUUGGUGAUUUUGGUAUAGCUAAAGUUCUAAAUAGUACCAUGGAAUUAGCUAGAACAUGUAUAGGUACACCAUAUUAUCUAUCACCUGAAUUAGUUGAAAAUCUACCUUAUAAUAAUAAGAGUGAUGUGUGGUCAUUAGGUUGUGUUCUGUAUGAAAUGACAACUUUAAAACAUGCUUUUGAGGCAGGCAAUAUGAAAAAUUUAGUUUUGAAGAUUAUCAGAGGUGUUUAUCCACCGAUCCCUCCUAAAUAUAGUUAUGAACUACGUGGAAUUAUAGCGCAGUUAUUUAAAAGAUCUCCAAGAGAUCGACCAUCUAUAAACUCUUUGCUGCGUAAAAAUAUAAUGAUGCAGAAAGUGAGAAAUCUUUUAUCUGAUGAUAAAUUAGCGGAAGAAUUUAGUCAUACUAUAAUGCAUGGUAAGAAGAUAGCCAGAGCUCUUCCACCACCUCCUCGUCCUGGAUCUGCUAGACCAGCAUCAGCCAAUUCACGACCAGGUUCAGCUGCUAAGAGAAGUGUAAGCAAACCAGCUCAAUCUAAUUCUAAAUAUAACCCAGCAAAUAUUUAUGGACAACCACUGGUUAAAAAAUCUAACGAAAAAAGAUCCGGCGUUGAUGUAAAGAAAAAGAGUGGUGCCGGAAGAAUUGUACCUGGUCAAGCUGAUUGGGAAAAAAAGAGAAUAGAAUUACGAGAGAGAGAAAAACAGAGAAGAGACGAGGAAAAACAAAAGGAACAAGAAUAUUUUGCUAAACAACAUAAAGAAUUUGUACAGAAACAAAAGAUAGCUCAGAUAAAUAGAUCUAGAGAAGCUGGCUGGAAUAAUUUACUUGAUCCUCCCCCGACACCCAAACAACCAGAAGUUGAAGUCCGUCAACCACCACCACAGAGAGCACCUUUAGUUGUACCUAGGAAACCAGAAUUUAGAAUAGGAGGUGAUAAAGGAAAUUAUGAACACUAUAAUGCUUACCUUGACAAAAUGCAACAAGAUCGUAUUAAUAGAAUACGUGAAGGUGGACCUGUACCUUUACCUAGACCGGCAGCUAUACCAUAUAUGCAAGCUCCUUCUGAAGCAGCCCCGCCAAAGAGAUUAGGUAGAGAACAGUUUCAGUUUAAUAGAGGAGCUGGUCAGGGUGCUGAAGACAGACGGGCAAUAGCUGAGGCUGCUGAAAGAAAUAGGUUAGCAGAGGAAUUCUUAAACAGAAAAAAGGAAGCAGCAUUAAAUAAAGCUCGAGGUCAAGCUGAGAUAUAUGGUAAUCGUCCAUCAUCAGCUGGUGUACAAAGAGCAGCAACUCCAAAACUACAAGUUAAACCUGGUGCUGCUGUUUCUGCUAGAAAUAGAGAAGAACAAGAUUAUCUAAGUCAACUACGUAAAAUACGAGAACAGAAUAUGCGUGAACGAAAAAUGUUACAAGGUAAAAAAGAUCCUGAUAAUGCUGAUUUAGGAAAAUAUAAGCCACCAUUAGAUGAAGAUAGAAGAAAGAAAAUAGAAGCCUUAAAGAAACAGGCAGAUGACUGGGCUAACCGAAAUAAAGAGGAAUCAGAAAAGGCUAAAAAAGAUUUAAUUGCUCUUCGACGUAAUUUAGAGGAUCAGGCCAAAAGUCGACCACCAAGCAGAAAUGUUCAAAGCAGACCGGGCUCUGCUAAUAAGAAGCCUGUUGUUGUUAUGAAACCUGCUGCGGCUGUACCUAUUACUGGUGUUUUACAAGCUAUAGGGGCGACAGACGACAACAGUUCUAAUCCUACACCUGAUAAUAAAGAAGCUACACGUCAACAACAAAAAGAAAAUAUUUUAAAAAGAUUGAAUGAAAAACAAAAUCCUGGUCGCUCAAAAUGGGUUAAUCCUGAUGGUACAUUCAUACCAGCAUUUGGUGGUGGUGAUGAUGAAGAAGUUGCUAGUUCUGCAAGAUCGCAGUGGGAGGAAGGUCAACAGGUUAAAUUAUCUGACCUCCCACUCGAGCAGACAUCAUCUCAAAUGGAAGCCACAAAUGCUGGAGAUCAGGUGAUCAGAAGUCCAGAUGGUAAAAUUAUUAGAGUGUCUGCUGCUGGAGGACGUCAGGAAUGGGGAAGACCUGGUUCUACAAUACUGAAUGCUUUACAAGGUUUACCAAUAGAUGGUACUAUGGCCAGUACUGUAUCAGGUGGUAGUGAUGACAGUCGGCCAUCUGAACCAACCUCCCCACACCCACCAAUUAAUAUAGUCAGUGGUAUAGGAGCUACUAUAACUGUAAAUAAACCACUCAUUAGAGAAGGAACUAUAACAAUUAAAUCUGCUGAAGAAUCUGCUAAUAACAAAGAUUCACUUCCUGUGGCACCUUCCUUAUCUGACCAAAACAUCGAAGAUAUCAAAACAGCACUUUCUGUUAUUGGUGAAUUAGAGGAAUUUUCACCCAAUAAAGAAACAGAUAACAAAACUGCAAAAACUGGUGAACCUAGUGAUGAGAUUAAAUCAAACAUUGUGCAAUCAAAUACAGAAAUACACACAACCUGUAACGAUAACCAAUCAGAAACAUCUUCUCAAAUUGAUGCAAUUUCAAUCAAACAAUCAGAGAUUACAUCUGCUGAUGGUGAAUCUAAUAACCAACCAAAUACUUUUACACAAAGUGGUGCAAAGUUAGAUGACCAAUCAGAGAGUACAUCUGCUGUUAAUAAAUCUGUACCGACAUCUAAUGAUUUACAAGAUUCUAGUGUUGAAAAGCAAGGUACCAGACAGUCUGUUGCAGAGCGAUUGAGCAACAAUUUUUCCAAAGACGGUUCUACAGAAACAAUUGGAAAACCAGCAAUUCCUAAAAAACCUCAGUUUGAAUUUAAGAAACCCGUACUUCUACCCAAACCUGAUUUAUCUGCUGCUGAAUUUGCUAAACCUGUGAUAGCACCAGUUGUAAUAAAUAGUAAAGGAGAGGGGAAUCUGUUCUCUAGGGUACAACUAGACGACGAUGAAGACUUCGGGGACAAUAAAUCACCCCAAGCAGAUGCCAAACCAGAAGUCAUUCAAGAACAGAAUGGGAAAAUGGUUGCUAAGGGACUUACAACUGGAAAUUUUGACAUUGGAAAUGUUAAGAUGUUAAGAACAUGUUCAGAACCUGACCUAAGUAAAUUAUUUGAAACUGGUGAAAAGAAUCCUACACCACCAUUGACCAGACAUUUAAGUCUUGAUCGGCUUAAUACUGUACAAGAGGAGGUUGAUGAUGAUUUAGAAUCUGUAAAACAGAGUUUAUCAGAGGUAGAUAUAUAUUCCCCUAGAUCCGAUACAUCACAACCAAAAUCAGAUAAUGAUAACAACACAGAUGAUCAGCAAGUAGAAAAUGAUGAUAAUGGUGAUGAUGAAGAUGGCGAUGAUGAAGAUGAUGAUGAUGAUGAUGAUAUAAUCAAUGUUAGAGCUACUAUGCAGAGUUUGUUAAUUGAUGAUGAUGAUGAUGAUGAAGAAAAUGAACAUGGUGUAAAAGUAGAUUUUAAACUGUCAGAUACAAGUCAGAAAAAAUGUAAAGCUGGUGAUGACAGUGAUGGCAGUGAUAUAAACAUUGAAAAUGAUGAGAGUGAAAAUAAUGAUGAUGGUAAUAAUGAGAUUGGAGAGAAUGAUGAUGAUGAUGAUGAUAAAGAUGAGAAAGAAGAUGAGAAAAGUGAUGAAGAUGAUAAUAAAGGACAUAUUAAACACUCUCAAUCUGAUUCAGUUUUAAGUCGUCACUCUAGUCUCAAAUCUGACACAUUUUCUGAUUUGUUUGCCGGUGAUAGUGAUGGAGAAACAACAUUUGGUGAUGAUGAUAAUGAGGAUGAUGAAUAUGAUGUUUAUGGAAGAUUAGAAGAAGCACGAGCUGAAUUAGAAGAAGUUUUAGGAUUUGAUCUCUUUAUUAAAGUUUAUAAAGCCAUUCAGGCUUUACAAGAAGAUGAAGAUGAAAAUGUUGAAGAAGGAACUAAAAUAGCUUUAGAAAUUUUAGGAAAAGAAAAUGAAAAACAUUAUCCAAAGAUAUUCCAACUGGUCAUGUCUGAUACAGCAUUUACAGAAGAUAAUGCAUAAAGAGAAAACAGUUUAUAUAUUGAAACAAUAAAUUCCAAGCUCCCUGUGUUAUUAAAGCUAGCAAUUAAUAUAAAAGUGCAUAAUUUUACAAAUAAAUUACUCCAAAACAUAUUUUACUGUCUUAAGUCAUAAGGAAUGGGUAUUGAAUUUCGGUGGAUUAGAAUGUCCCUGGUUCAAAUCCUAGCCAAGAAAAACCUCUAUGACUUUUCAAGCCAGAUUCUCACCAGCCAGUGCCCAGUCACCUGUGUGUAUAUUGGCACAUAUUAUUCUAUGAUUUUUCAACCCCAUUCCAUUCCAUCAAACAAAUUCAACUUUAAUAAAUUGAAAGAAUGCUUGUUCUAAGAUUUUACAAAAGGAAUUUUAAAUUUGUUUAUGUAUAAAAUUAAAGACGACCAAAUUCAAUUUUCAAACAUUUUGAUUCAGACACUUAUGCUUCCUGUUGGUGCAAUUUUUGUUUGUGCACAGGUUAGGUAAUGUCUGAAUGUGUUUAAUUAUAAUUUAUAUGAAUACAGGUUAUUUCUAUUGAAAUGUCAAAGUCAGCAUUAAAAAUAUAGAGUCUGAAUUUUAUAGUGAUAUUGUAUUAGUGUGGAUCUAGGAAGAGAGGGGUUGAUAAAAAGUGAAAUUAAUUACAUUUUCAAAUUUUCAUUCGCAGUUGUUACAUAUUAUAUGGUGCAGGUUAAAUGUGUGUAGAUUUAAUGAAAUCACAAGCUGUAUUUUUUAUUUACUUAUUGUAUAUUGUGCAUAACGAUACAUUAUAUUGUGCUUCUUUGUUAUUAUUGUUGAUUUUGCAUUAUUUAUCAGAUACAUAUAUGUGAUACAGACAUUUAUUUUGUACAUUUUGUCAUUCCACAAUUAGGUAUUUAUCACUACUAAAUCUUGGUUACUUUCAAAAAUAAUUACUAGUUAAUCUUGAUUACUUACUGUUUAGUAAUGAUUACUAGUAAUUCUUGAUGACUGGCUGUUUAGUAAUAAUUACUAGUAAAUCUUGUUUUCUUGCUGUUUUAGUAAUAAUUACUAGUAAAGCUUGGUUACUUACUGAUUAGUAAUGAUCACUAGUAAAUCUUGGUUACUGACUAUGUGGUAAUAAAAUGAUUACUAGUAAAUCUUUGUUUCUGACCAUGUCUUAACUAAAAAAUGAUUAAAAAGAACUUUUGUGAUUUUUUUAAACUUUGAUUGUUAAUUGUUUAAGUGUUCUUGUCUAUGUAAACAUAUUAUUUGCAUUUUCUCUAUCUAUCACAGAUGUAUAUUUGUUGUGUGUGUUUAUAGGUAUAAGGAUUAUAAGGGUUCUCAACAAUAACUAUCACUUAAUAUUAAUAAUACUAUUAUUAAACAUAUUCCUAAUGUAUGAAAGAUAUAUUUUAUUCACUGCAACAAGAGUCAUAUUACAAUUGUUGAAAACGCAACCUUAUUGAAAUAUGAGACUAAAUGUAACCAAUUCUUUGGUGUUAAUUGCUGUCCCCAUUCUUAAAACAAACUGGGGGGGGGGGGGGCGAUUUCAGCAAAUCAUGGACUCCAUUAAUAUAUUAUGGUCCAUGAGAAAAUGAAUUGUAGCAAAAAGAAAGAAAAAUUUUUCACUAAUUUUUGUUUAGAACAAAUUUGAUUGAAAACUCCAGAGAAUGAACUUGGUUGCUGACUAUUGGGAAGUGAUUACUAUUAAAUCUUAGUAACUAUUUGGGAAUGAUUACUAGAAAAUCUUUGUUACUGACCAUUUGGUAAUAAAUCUUGGUAACUGACUAUUUGGGAAUAAUUACUAGAAAAAAUUUGCUACUGACUACUUAGUAGUGAUUACUAGUAAAUUUUGCCAUUUUGUAUUUUAGAACAGUAAUUGAUGAAUGUAUAAGUUUGAUGGAAAGGUCACUUAUUUAAAGAUGAUAAUAAUUUAGAACAAAAUUGUGAUACAAGAAUAACCGUCCAUAAAUUAUUUCAAAUUGUCAUAUUUUUUAUUUCUGUAUUUUUCACAUUUCACUGAUUACAUGUAUAGGAGAAUAAAGACUGCUUUACUAGUAUAACUCAAUACAGUUUCCUCUUUGUCCUGGAAAAUAAUGACCUCAACUACGAUGGCUUUUUGAGAAAAGCGGCAAAUUGGUGUCAUUUUAGGUAGAGUAUUCUGGUUUAUUGGUAAUUUUUGCUAAUAUUAAGCUGAUCUAAGUCCCCUUUCUUUUAAAAUGAGGUUUAAAAAUCAAGUCAAGUAGCAAAGUAGUGGUGACGUAUGUGUGAUUU